AGGUUUAAAGGGGAAGUGGCUGUGGAUUUAAAGCUGGUCUGUUAAGGUGUGUUGAUCCCGGAAGAGAGUGGAGUGGUUUGGACACUUCAUUUGAUCGUAGCAUUUUGACAGCAUGGCAGAUGAUCUAAAAAGAUUCCUGUACAAAAAGCUACCAAGUGUUGAAGGACUUCAUGCUAUUGUAGUGUCUGACAGAGAUGGUGUGCCUAUUAUCAAAGUUGCCAAUGACAAUGCUCCAGAGCAUGCUCUUCGACCCGGUUUCUUGUCAACUUUUGCCCUUGCAACAGACCAAGGCAGCAAACUGGGGCUUUCCAAAAACAAGAGUAUCAUCUGUUAUUAUAACACUUAUCAGGUGGUUCAGUUUAAUAGGUUACCUUUGGUAGUGAGUUUCAUUGCUAGCAGCAGCGCCAACACAGGAUUGAUCGUAAGCUUGGAAAAGGAGCUUGCUCCCUUGUUCGAAGAGCUCUGGCAAGUGGUGGAGGUCUCUUAACUCAUUGUUGAUCUUCGGGGUGCAGCAGUUCUUCAAUUCCAAACAAGAAGGAAAGAUUCAGUCAUUUUACACAGCCCACCACGUAAUGAGUGUCUUGGAGGAAAAUGCCAUUUUUUCUUCUUAUUCUAAGUUUUAAAACUAUAUAUAUAAAUAGUGCUAAAUCUGAGGGAGAGUGUAUUUGUAAAGUAAGACUGGGAGAAGGGGACUGUGACUGCAGCUGCAUUUGUUAAACUGUGGGGCCAUCUAAUGACUCCCAUGGAGUUAACCUCAGGCAGGCAGAUCCUAUAUCAUAGAAGAAAAAAUUACGCUUGUUCAAAAUAUGCCACCCACAGCUCAUUUACUGUGCAGACAAUGGGGAAGGGGUCCGUCUUCUAAGUUACCACUACAUAAAUUGAGAAAAUAAAAUGUAUUUUCACACUAUCUUCCAAUGGAAUCUUCCUUUACAUUUGCUCAGGAAGAACAGGUUAUCUGGGGAAUUUUGCUAGUAUUGAUGCACAAACACAAUCAGUGACUUGUGUUGUUUGGAUAGUGAAAUACUAGUAGUCUGAGUUAGUUUUUAAAAACAAAAAGUACACACUAGUUCUGUUUGGGACAGCUUCAGCUCUUCCUACGCAGAGAUCAAAUCAAUGGGUGUGUUCUCUUUCCACAUACUCUGUAACAUAAGUUUUAAUCCGUUUCAUCCCACUUCUGUUUGAUGUCUAAGCGCAUGUAAUUAUGGUGCUUUGCUGGCUCAUUUAUCUUUGCAUGUCCCUAACCAAAUCUAAAUAAAAGAGUGAAUAAGA